CUCAGCACCACGUUCACCACGUCGUCUCGAUCAAGCAUGGCCGCAGCCGCCAUGGUAGCGCCAUCUUCGAUUGCGGGCCCCUCACGCCCGCGCCACCCCAACCCACACAUUCGCAAGCUCCUAACCCGCCCAGGACCCUACUGCGACUCACCCACCUCGUACCCACCCGCCGAUCCCUCGCCCUCACACUUCCUCACAACGCAAUGUAAGAUCCUCGUCAUCGGCGCAGGCGGUCUGGGAUGCGAGAUUCUGUGCAAUCUAGCUCUGAGCGGGUUCAGAGACAUCCACGUAAUCGACAUGGACACCAUCGAUGUUUCAAACCUCAAUCGCCAGUUCCUGUUCAGAGAGAAGGAUGUAGGGCAGAGCAAGGCAGAGACAGCUGCCGCAUUCGUCAUGAAGCGCUGCCCCGGCGUGACAGUUACACCUUAUCAUGGCAAGAUCCAGGACAAGGGGGACGAUUACUAUCUCUCAUUCGAUGUCAUUGUAUGCGGCCUGGACAGCGUAGACGCACGACGUUGGAUAUCCGCCACGCUCGUCAACCUCGUGGACGACGAGAAUCCAAAGUCCCUCAAGCCCCUCAUCGAUGGUGGGACAGAAGGAUUCAAGGGUCAAGCACGAGUCAUCCUCCCCACCAUCACGAGCUGCUACGAAUGUUCCCUCGACAUGCUCACGCGACAGACCACCUUCCCCAUCUGCACCAUAGCCAAUACGCCCCGCCUGCCGGAGCACUGUAUCGAAUGGGCCUCCGUCCUCGAGUGGCCCAAAGUGCAUGGUGAAGGCAAAAAGGUGGACGGCGACGAUCCAGAGCACAUUAGCUGGCUCCUCUCACGAGCUCAAGAGCGGGCAAAGGAGCACGGCAUCACUGGCGUCACUUGGGAGCUCACUCAAGGAGUAGUCAAGAACAUCAUCCCCGCCAUUGCAUCAACGAACGCAGUCAUCGCGGCGGCAUGCACGCAAGAAGCUCUCAAGAUCGCUACGGGAUGCAACCCUUUCCUGAACAACUAUACUAUGUACACGGGAAAUGAAGGGGUGUACACCUACACUUUCGAGCACCAAAAGCGGGCGGAAUGCCCGGUCUGUGGGGGAGAGGCACGCUCCUUCCCUGUCAAAGCGGAGGAGACUGUAGGCGAUGUGGUGGAGCGACUGAAAGAAGUGCAAGACCUGCAGAUCAAGCGUCCCUCCCUCGCUUUUUCAGGCGAUGCAAGCGACGCGGGCAAAGCGGGCAAGCCACUAUAUUUCCAGGCGCCAAAGCAGUUGGAGGAGGCUACGAGGCCCAACUUGGAGAGGAAGUGCGCUGAGGUAUUCGAGGAGGGGGAUGAGGUUGAUGUUACAGAUGCGGGGCUGCCAUUCCAGUUGACGCUGGUCAUUACGUUUGAGGGAGGGAGUGUGGCAUAGGCGGUCCCCUCCAUGAGCAAUGAGACACGACACAUCUGCAACACGAUUCACUCAUAUCCACACAAACGCCGCGAACAUGACAUUGCGACUCGUUCUCUCAUACCUACUUCUUCCCCUUCUUCUUGUCAACCUUCGCAAUCGCCUUGUUCUUGUCCUUCUUGCUCGUCUUGUUCGCUCUCCUCUCCUUCUGCGCAGACUUCACCGCAGCCUUCCGCUCCUUCUUCGCGUCGCGAUCCUCAUGACGAUGUCCGCGUGGAGGUCGAUCCGGGUGUCGUUCUCCGUCUU